UGCCAAAAUAAAAGCUCGAGGAGGUAAGUGUGUGUUUAUAGCAUCGUGUCAAAUAAGAAACGAAUAAAAACCAUCUCAUCCCAGGAAACUGACUCUUGGACAUGGUUUAUCGUAAUAAUAACUACCUAAAAUAAUAAACACGUUUGGAGAAACUGUAUUUGAAGAGAAGAUUAGUGUCAUUUUAAUGAAAAGUGCGGGACUUAUGAUGACCUGUAGCCAUAAUAGCCAGCCACAAGGGGUCUCACUUUGACUGAAUGUUAUGUCCUUCACACAGUCUGUGGUCCUCACUCAUCAUGCUCAUCGUCACGCUGUCAUCACUCUCUGUCGUGUUCGCAUGCUAAAAGCCUAUAUCACCUCCCGCCCCUGACCAGGUACGGUAACUGUUCACGUUACUGUCGUUCAAAAUGUCCAACGAAUCGGCGUUAGCCGAGAGCAUCGGCAGAGCCGUCCUGGCGGCUAUUCAAAAUGUUUCAACAAUGACAACAACCGCCUCGGGGCCACCACAGGCCACCUCAGCUCCCACCACUUACAAUUACACACCGGGGCCAGCCACACCCACCACCUCCACUGGGACAUCAUACCGCUCGGUUCCCUUUCCAUCAGUUCAUCAAAGGACUGCUACACACUCACGUUUUGGCAGGAAAAACAAAGCCUGCAAACACUAUACAAGAGAUGUUGUGUGCUUGCCUUUUUCGUCAGCAUCAACAUUCCGCAUUCCAAGGGGAGACUCAAGAGCAAAUUUAGCACGAGAUGGCCUUAUUGGGAAGAUCUCCUUUACAUCUGACUGGUCUGAAGCACAACUUAAAGAAGAAAUGAGUGCCAUUUUCAGAAGAACGUUUGCAUUGUCUAUGGGCCAGUCCUUCCCAUUUGAGUAUUUGAGUACAGUCAAGGGAUGCAAAAGACUAAUGAAACCAAACGUCUCAAGCAGUUUUCUGUGGGGUGGAAAAGAAGUUGCCUCGAUUAGUUCAGCCUCUUGUCUCUAUAUAAUGGCAUUGAUAAGCAAACCUUUACAGGAACCUGAGGAACUCUCCGAUAGUGACCUUGAAAGUCCUGUGGGCUUGAGAAGGAGAGUUCAUACAGUGUCACCUUCCACAAGUGAAAGUGAGCUCAUCAGUCAAGGUAGUGAAAAUGAAAGAAUGCAAGAAAGUCCAUCACAUCAAAGAAUGCUGAGUACAGUUCCUUCAUCACAGAGGGAAAGUGAGGCCAGAUGUCAGGAGACAGAGAGCAGCACUCAAGAGAGUGAAAGUCAGGGCCAGGCAGAGGACCUGAGACAAGUGUUUCCUUAUAAUGUGGCAGAAUUUGUCCCUGUUUAUCUGGAGGAAGAUGAGGCUCUUGAAGAGGCAAUUCAGCGUAGUCUGCUAGAAGAGUGGGAUGUACCUGCUGUUAAUACUUUAAAGUCAUCUGAAAUGCUGAGCAAAGAAGAAAUUGCAGGUCUUCUACAAGCUCACAGUGAGAGAGUUAUUACAUCGGGAACAAGACAGAUCUAUAUCAGUCGAGCCAAUGUUUGGACCACAGCCUUGCGUGUGUUUAAAAGACCCAGUUUUGCAGAAAGCUGUGACAAGCUCUAUGUCACAUUUACAAGCGAUGAACAUGAUGCUGUGGAAGAUGCUGCUGACCUUGGGGGUCCCAGACGAGAGUUUUUCCGUUUACUGGUGAAGGCUAUCUUCCAGGACAGUGGAGCUUUUGAAGGCACACCAAAUGGAUGCACACCAAGACUGAACAUGCUCCACUUGCAAAAUGGAGUGUAUUGAACCAUUGGCAGGAUGAUGUCAACAAUAAUAGUGCAAGGGGGUGAACCACCUGCAUUCCUGUCCCCAAGUGUAGUGGACUACAUUGUGUCUGGGGACAUCC